ACGAGAUCAAUAAGAAUUCCCUCAAAAGUCUCUGUAAAUUUGCUCUUUUUAUGAACAUUUUGAGAGUAUUUUAUGUCAAAUUAGAAGAAAAAAGAGAAGACAGAGGAGAGAGAGAGAGUCUAGUUUUAUUCUGUAUUUUCUUUUUCCGUUUCUGUUAUGUUUUCUGGGUAAAGACCUCUUGUUCACCUCUCUCUCUCUCUCUCUCUCUCUCUCUCUUCCUGGUCUUUCCGUCCGUAUCGAGCUCUGUUGUGACUUGUGAGUUGUGUGAGACUGAGUUGUGACUUUAAUCGUUUUUAUCUGUUAAGAGUUAAGACAUUCCUUUGCGUCAAUCUUUUCUAUCACUCCUUGACUACCCGUCUGAUUAGACUCUCUGUUUUGAGUUUAGUCUCUCUUGUUGUCUCUGCUCUGGGUUUCUUUUAGUUUGGUUUUUGGGUUCGGUGGAAUCGAGUGAGGAGAGCGGGUUUUGGGUUUCGUCAGCGUUGAAUCCUGAAGAUUGCAACUAUUCCAUCCUUGGUCUUGUUUCUCUGCUCUCCUUUGGUUCUGGAGAAUAGUUGUUGCUAAAAAAUGACAGUUGAGGAAAGGCUGGGGACUCUCGGGGACGAUGAGCCGAGGGAUCAGUUUCCGGUGGGCAUGCGCGUUCUUGCCGUCGACGACGAUCCCACUUGCCUGAGGUUGUUGGAUACUCUGCUACGUCGAUGCCAGUAUAAUGUUACAACGACCAGUCAGGCAAUCACGGCACUAAAGCUGCUGAGAGAGAACAAGAACAAAUUCGACCUGGUUAUCAGUGAUGUCCAUAUGCCGGACAUGGAUGGUUUUAAGCUUCUCGAGCUUGUGGGUCUCGAGAUGGACCUACCCGUCAUCAUGUUGUCGGCAAAUAGCAAUACCAAUGUCGUGAUGAAAGGAAUUACCCAUGGUGCUUGUGACUAUUUGUUGAAACCGGUUCGACUUGAGGAGCUCAAGAAUAUCUGGCAACAUGUAGUCAGGAGAAAGAAGUUUGAUUCUAAGGGCCAAAGUAAUUACAACAAUCAAGAGAAGUCUCAUAAUGGAGCUGGUGAAGGAGGACAAGGGCCCAAUGCAACAGGAAACACCGAUCGAAAUGGAAAACUCAAUAGGAAAAGGAAGGACCAGAAUGAAGAUGAGGAUGAGGAAACUGAGGAGAAUGGGCAUGAGAAUGAAGACCCAUCUACCCAGAAGAAGCCCCGGGUUGUUUGGUCUGUGGAACUGCACCGCAAAUUCGUUGCAGCUGUUAAUCAAUUGGGCAUUGACAAGGCUGUACCAAAGAGGAUUUUAGACCUGAUGAAUGUAGAAAGGCUUACUAGAGAAAAUGUGGCAAGCCACCUUCAGAAGUAUAGACUUUACCUGAAAAGGAUCAGUUGUGUAGCAAGCCAGCAAGCUAAUAUGGUUGCUGCUUUAGCGGUCAAAGAUCCAUCCUAUUUGCGGAUGGGUUCACUGGAUGGACUUGGAGACUUUCAUGCCUUGACUGGAUCAGCACAGCUUCCCAGUGCUUCCCUCAUGCUCUUUCCAUCAGGUGGGAUGCUUAAUAGAUUGAACACCCCUGCUGGAUUGGGCUUGCGUGGGCUUGCUUCUUCUGGAAUGAUUCAACUAGGUCGCUCUCAGAACAUCAGCAACUCCAUCAAUGAUCUUGGAAAGUUCCAGCAGGUUACCUUAUCUGGAAACCAAAGUGCAAACUUACUCCAUGGGAUGCCAACAUCUUUGGACCUUGAUCAACUGCAGCAGAGCAAGGGCACCUCCCGCAUUGGAGAGUUCGGUUCGGUCAGUGAUCCAAAAAUUUUUCCAGUUGGUAAUGGCUUUUCAGACACUGGCGUGACCAUUGGUAGCUCAAGCAGCUCUUUUCUCAGUGUCCAAACUAACCCUUUGGUGUUACAAGGACACCAGCAACAGACACAAAAUAGAGGGUUGGCAAAUCAAUCCUCCAUUCAAGUGGCUCCACUGAAUGCAGACCCUUUUGAUGUUGGUACUAGUGUUUCUUCUCACUUGGUUGAUCCAGGUAGAUGUAAUGAUAAUUGGCAAAGUGCUGCCCCAUUAACUGGAUUUUCAGCAAGCCCUUUGCCAUCAAGUAACCCUUUUAAUCAUGGUGACUUAUCUGCUAGUAAUUUGAGAGACAAUAUUUCUUCAACUAGCUCACAUGUUGGGAACAACCCACUUGAUAUUUCUGCCACCAGUGUAGUACCUACACCAUUGCAGGAUUCAAGAAGAAAUGUACAAUGCCAAUCUAGUGGCCCAUCUGGUAACUGUGCCCAACAUGACAACACAAAAUUCUCAAAUUUUGGAGGUUUCAAUAAUAGUAUAAGCGAGAGUAUGACAUAUGCCCCAAAGCAAAGAUGGGAAGACCAUAAACAGGAUUACACCGACAGAUCAAAUCUUAUGUUCAGUUCCUUAAACUCUUCAUUGCCUAGCCAUGGUGUUGUAAAUCCCUUAAACCAAAGUUUGGGCCAAAAUAGUGCAGUCUGCAGUACAGACAUGGAUGUCAUUCUGGUUGGCCAAUCAAAUACUGCUGCUCCAUUUCUCAUGCAGAAUAAUGAUGUUGGCAAGUCAGCUAUGGAUGCAACUAUGAAGCUGAACUCACUGGAGCAAUCUAGGUCCCAGGACGGGUUUGUUUCUAAUAAUUGCGGCUCUUUGGAAGAUUUAAUGAGUGCAAUGAUUAAACGGGAAAGAGACGAGGUUACACUAAUGGAUGGAGACAUUGGCUAUGAUGUUUAUCCACUUGGAACAUGUAUGUGAAACUUUGGUAGCUACCACGGCAUAAAGAGAAAAGGAUUGCAACAAGUAAAUGACUCCUUGAGGAGUUUGUAUCAUCAUGUAUUUCUUCUGCUUUUGUUUAUUAUUUAUCUCUGUAUGUCAUCAAAUUCUAUUCCCAGGUUCCAAUUGUUAUUUACUUGUUCA